CAUGCUUCGUCUGAUAACGCGCAUCCCACUGCCUAAGCAGAGGCACUUACAUGAGAUGAUUCCCCGCCCCACUUGACGUGUGAAUAGGGUUCGAGGGCCGGGCGGCGGCGAAGAGGCCUCCCUGGCUGGCCGGGGCGGUGGGCCGCGUCUGAGGCGGGGAGGAGCCGGGCCGCCUCCGCCGGAGUCUGCGCUGUGAGGCGCGCCAGGCCCACCCGGAGCCGCCGGGCCUGCGAGGGGCGCCGAGGCCGAGGCGCUGCGGGGCCGGGCAGGCGGGCGAGGGCGCGAGGCGGCGGCGGCGGCAGCCAUGGCGGGGGGCGAGACGAAGAUCAUCUACCACCUGGACGACCAGGAGACGCCCUACCUGGUCAAGGUGCCCGUCCCGGCCGAGCGGGUCACGCUGGGCGACUUCAAGGCCCUCCUCAACAGGCCCCACUACAAGUUCUACUUCAAGUCCAUGGACGACGACUUCGGAGUUGUGAAAGAAGAAAUCUCAGACGACAACGCCCAGCUUCCCUGUUUCAAUGGCCGGGUGGUAUCUUGGCUGGUGUCCGCUGAGGGGUCGCAUUCAGACGCUGGAUCAGUCUGUGCCGACAAUCAGCCAGAGCUCCCGCCGUCCAUUGAGCGCACUGGAGGCAUCGGGGACUCGAGGCCUCCUUCUUUCCACCCCAACACUGGAGGAAGUCGGGAAAACCUGGAUAAUGAGACGGAGACGGACUCGGUGGUGUUGCUGCAGAGGGAACGACCACGCAGGAAAGAGGGGCCCGAGCACGUUAACUUGUACUCAGCCAGUAAAGGAAGGCUUGGUCCGCCUCUGCUCCCUCUGGGUUACCAUCCUCUGUUUCCAGAACCUUCCCCCUCUUCGUUCUUGCCUUUCUUACGUCUUCACGGCUCUCUCUCGACAGGCUCAGACGUGGUCGACUGGCUUUACCAGCACGUGGAAGGCUUCACAGACCGGCGAGAGUCCCGCAAAUACGCCAGCAACCUGCUGAAAGCCGGCUACAUCCGGCACACAGUCAACAAGAUCACUUUCUCGGAGCAGUGCUACUACAUCUUCGGUGACCUCUGCGGCAACAUGGCCAACCUGUCUUUGCACGACCACGACGGAUCCAGCGGCGCCUCGGACCAGGACAUCGCUAUGCAAGUAAUACCCCACCCGGGAGCCGCCCCUUGGCCCAUGGUCUUCCCAUAUCAGUACCCACCACCUCAUCCAUACAACCCUCACCCAGGAUUUCCUGAUCCCGGCUACAGUUAUGGAGGCGGAAGUGCGGGCAGCCAGCAUAGCGAAGGAAGCCGGAGCAGCGGCUCAAACCGCAGCGGCAGCGAGAGAAGAAAGGAGCGAGAGCCCAAAGCCGGCGAGUCCAAAUCCGGAGGCAGCGGCAGCGAGUCCGACCAUACGAACCGCAGCAGCAUGCGGCGGGAGCGGGCCGCCAGCGAGCGUUCGGUGCCGGCCAGCCAGCGCAGCCACCACUCCCUGGCCCACAGCAUCCGCAGCCACCACAGCCAGCAGUCCUACGGGCCUCCCGGCCUCCCGCCUCUCUACAGCUCUCCCAUGCUCCUGAUGCCUCCGCCGCUGCCUUCUGCCAUGGGACCACCCGGGGCCCCCCCUGGCCGAGACCUGGCCUCGGUGCCCCCUGAACUGACGGCCAGUAGACAGUCAUUCCGAAUGGCCAUGGGGAACCCCACCAAGAAUUACGGGGUGUUUGACUUCCUUUGAGCCGGCUGCCCGUGGCGGGGAGAGCCGCAGCCUGCUCCGGUGGUGGUUCGGCUCCCCCCCUGCUCCUGACAGAGGAAGAUGCGGAGCCCCGUGGGCGGGGACUUGGGCCCCGCGUGGGAGCUGAAGAUGCCUUCUGUCCCUGCGGUCGGAGGAUGGCCCCACUUUGUCCAUAAUCUCAGGAGGGCUGCGGGGCCAAGAUCCGGCUUUGUCUGUCUUCGGUCUCAUAAAUGUAGCGACUCGGUGGCCACUGGGGUGAGGCCGGGGCGGGGGGGGGGGGGGGAUGUGAGAAUGUGCUCCUUCCGUGGCUGGCGGGAGCCUGAUCUCCCCUUGUGAUCUCAGCGGUGGCCUCUCUAGGAAUGUUUGGGAAAUUGCCUGGGCGGUUUCUGCUCCUCCUUCCUUCUCUGUUUCACACUCUAGACCGGGGGUGUCCAACUCUGGCGCUUCAGAUGUUCCUGGACUACAAUUCCCACCAGCCUCUGCUGGCUGGUGGGAAUUGUAAAUCAUGAACCUCUGAAGCGCCAGAGUUGGGCUACCCCUGCUCUAGAAUGAAGCCAAAAGUGAGUGAGUGCCAAUUCCUGUGUGACUACCCAGGUUCUGGCUGCCAUGCUUCUGAGCAUACCAAAGGAACAGAUGCAGUCCUGUUCUCUGGGACAAGGCUUCCUAUUGGGCUACACAGCCACCAAGGAAAAACAACGCAACUUCCUUUCCCUGCAACGUCACUCGCAGUUAACCAUCUUGCUGUGCUUCAGGGGCCUAGCAGGGCCCUUUUCACUGCCCCCAGACCCGUCUUUUCUUGCCAUGCGAAUGUCUAUCUCUCGGCUUGCCCUGUGUUGCUCUUCCACUCUGACCUGUUUUGCUGUUUGUUUGAAUAGAGUGGGCUACCCACACCUGUGCUUUCCUUGUUCCUCCCCCUUUUAAAAAUAACCUUCCUUCGUUUUCAUCCUUUCUCUUCUCUCAACUGCGUUAAAAGCACCUGGUGGGGGCCUUGCUAACUAAAUUUGAUAGGAAAUAUUUUGGGGGGGGGACGUUAUAGGUACCAUGUGUUCUUCUGACAAAACGGGGUCGCUUUUAGUUCAGAGCGAUGCCAAUAAUAACCCCCCGGGUUAAUCCUAAGGAAGCUUCUAAGCUCGCAGAGGCGUGAGGAUCAGCUUGCAAGCGUGCUGGCUGUGCCCCAGAUUUGCCGGGGUCAGAAGGUGAGGGUGUCAUCACCCUGCGCCGCAGUUAGCAGACAGAGUCCAUUAAAUAAAACAGGGGUCCCCAAACUAUGGCCCGGGGGCCAAAUGUGGCCCCCUGAAGGCAUUUAUCCGGCCCGCCAGGCAUGGCGGCGAUGGCUCCAUUCAUGUGCAGUGGGGGCUCGAGGGAGAGGAGG